ACAUGCGCACAGAGCCCGGGCGGCUACGGAAGCGGCGAGAUUGUCCCUCGACUGCAGCCCUAGUGCGACCCGGCCCGUUGCCGUAGAGAUGGGCAGGGCUGGAUGGAGUAGGGUGCGGUGAGCUGAGCUGACCCUGCUUCGCCACGGGGACUGCAGUGACCCCGGCUUGCCGGCAGGGCGGGUAACCAGUUGAGCCAGGGUGGGGCUGCUCAGGAGCGUGGAGCGGAGGCCAGGAUUUCUCUGAAGACCCAGCACAAUCGAUUCCUUUCUGCAACGAGACCAUUGCUAUGGAAACCAAAGCUCUAGGCCAGCGGAGAUUGAGGCUCCCGGGUCGUGACUGGUCUUUCGCCCGAAGAACCUCGCCUGAGGCUUCCGGAAGCGGCUACUUCCUGAACGAACCCGCCCACCCUCCGAGGGAGAGAGUUUUCCAUGGACACAGCCUAGCAGAAAGACGCAGCCUUCAUGCUUCGCUGACUGCUGACCUCUGACCGACCGCCUUGAUGACAGCACCCUCGUGUGCCUUCCCAGUUCAGUUCCGGCAGCCCUCAGUCAGCGGCCUCUCACAGAUAACCAAGAGCCUGUAUAUCAGCAAUGGUGUGGCCGCCAACAACAAGCUCAUGCUGUCUAGCAACCAGAUCACCAUGGUCAUCAAUGUCUCAGUGGAGGUAGUGAACACCUUGUAUGAGGAUAUCCAGUACAUGCAGGUACCUGUAGCUGAUGCCCCUAACUCACGUCUCUGUGACUUCUUUGACCCUAUUGCUGACCAUAUCCACAGCGUGGAGAUGAAGCAGGGCCGUACUCUGCUGCACUGCGCUGCUGGUGUGAGCCGCUCAGCCGCCCUGUGCCUCGCCUACCUCAUGAAGUACCACGCCAUGUCCCUGCUGGACGCCCACACGUGGACCAAGUCGUGCCGGCCCAUCAUCCGACCCAAUAGCGGCUUUUGGGAGCAGCUCAUCCACUAUGAGUUUCAGUUGUUUGGCAAGAACACCGUGCACAUGGUCAGUUCCCCAAUGGGAAUGAUCCCUGACAUCUAUGAGAAGGAAGUCCGUUUGAUGAUUCCACUGUGAGCCAUCCCACCAGCCCCUGCAUUGGAGUCAGAGGUACAGAUCUAUUGUUGAUUCUACACCAAGAUCCAAACUUGAACAUUCUACUUUUGUUUAUACAGAAAAAAACAGAUGAUGCCUUUUAUGAGCACAAGGAAAAAGAGUUGCUGUAGCUUUUAACUUUAUAAUCCAUUUUUUUAAAGAGUGAACUCACUAGUUGUGAAAUGGUGAAGGUCAGUUUUCUGCCCUGUGAGUGACAGGCCUCUGCUGGCCAGGGGAUAGGUUGAGGCAGAUGGUGCCCAGAAGAAAGAGGCCAGUACCCAUUGCACAUGGCAGGCCUGGAAUCCUGCAGCCCUCCCCAAAACCGAGUGACCCAGGAAUGAAUCUGCUACAAUUCCACCUCGUUCUUUCACACCCAGAGCCAGAGCCUUAAGCAUCAUGGUACCUCUUGGCACUUCUCACAGUAAGUGCCAAUCUGCUAGAUAAAUGGCCUUCAGGCAGUGCUCCAGGAAUCCUGGGGGGGUCCCAGGCCACCUGUGCUUCCACCUUCACUACAAGUGGCCCAAUUCUGGUUUUCUAGAUUGUACUUAUGCAUAAGGUAGUUUCUAAAGAAAACAUUCCACUGUUUAAUUUUUUUUUCCUGUUUUUGAGACCGUCUUGCUCUGUCACCCAUGCUAGAGUGCAGUAGCGUGAUGAUGGCUCACUGUAGCCACAACCUCUCAGGCUCAAGUGAUCCUCUUUACCUUAUAGCCUCCUGAGUGGCUGGGACUACAGAUGUGUGCCACCAUGCCCGCCUCAUUUUUUUUCUUUUUUUAUAGAGAUGAGGUUUUACUAUGUUGCCUAGACUGGUCUCAAACUCCUGGCCUCAGGCAGUCCUCCUGCCUCAGCCUCCCAAAGUGUUAGUGAGCCACUGCACCCGGAUACCACUGUAUAAAAAAUUUAAAAAAAAAAAAUUGUGAGUACUGUUGUACAUAGCAAAGUUUCGAAGAGUUCUUGGCCAUCCCUCACCAAACCUUGACGAAAGAUGGUGUUGGUCCCCUUCUCCAGGGCACAUGAGAAAAACAAGCCUGACAUCAGGCCUCAGGGGUUCGUCUCACGGGUCUUGGCUUGAAAGGCUGGAGCUUUGGACCAAUGCCCAGCCCUGUCACCUCCUCUUCAUGCGACCUGGACCCCUGGGAGCACCAGUGUCCUCAUCGGUCCAAUGACAUCCCUUUUCUCAGAGAGUUGUCAUGAAGAUUCAACAAUUUCUUGGCAUAAUGCCUGGCCCAUGGUGUGUGCUUAGUGCAAAUGGCAGCUCUCAUCAUGAAUGAUAGACUCUUUAACCCUGCUGGUCCCAGGUCGGCACACACAUCCUCAUAAUGGCAUUUCUCCUUUCUGUGCACAGCCCUUUAUUGUUAUAAAAUACUGUUCCAAAAAGUUACCCUGUGUAAAAGAAAAAAAAUGGUUUAAGUCCUUUCAGACCCUACCUCAGAGGAGGCCUAGACUUAGAGCCUUUUGAGAGCUUCCAUCUUGUUUAAUCUAGGUGCAAUCUAGGGGUCCUGAAGCAAGGAGCACAAUUCCAGUGUCCCCCAAUUACUUCUAAACAGUGAUUGCAGCCUUGUUUAGAAUCAAUAUGAAAACUUGGCACCCCGGCUGACUACCGGGAUUCAUAAGGGGCAGUGUCAAAGGGACUAACGAGCAGACUCCAUCAGUAGGCCCUGGAAUUCAGGAUUGUUCACAUCCCCUCGGUGCCAAGGACCUGGCUCAAGACCACCUGUUCUGAUCCAGAGGUUUUCAGCAAACAGCAUUUGAAACAGAAGCACGGCUGCUCUGUUUGACACCGAACUGUGGCUCCAGAUUCCAGUGGAAGCCAAAUGCUUUUUCUUUUACAGCUGGGUGCCUGUAAUCCCAGUUACUUGGGAGAUGAGGCAGGAGAAUCACUUGAACCUGGGAGGCAGAGGUUGCAGUGAAACGAGAUUGCACCAUUGCACUCCAGCCUGGGUAACAAGAAUGAGACUCCAUCUCAAAAAAAAAAUAAAAAAGGGAAAAGAAAAGAAAAAAAAAGAAAUGCCUGGGACCAGAAAUAUUUGGAUUAUUUUCAGGUUAAUAUUUGCUUUACCUGAAGCAAAUACGAGUUGAGCAUCCCAACUCGAAAAUCCAAAAUGCUUAAAUGAGUAUUUCCUUUGAAGUCAUUUCAGCUCUCAAAAAGUUUUAGAGUUUGAGCAUUUCAGAUUUUUGCAUUUGAGAUCCAUGAAUGGGUCUCAAACUAUAUUUCACUUGCGGGGGCUGUUGUAGUUUUUUUCCACUUGCUCAUUGUUAGUAUAUAGAAAUACAGUUGAGGCCGGGCGUGGCGGCUCAUGCCUGUAAUGCCAGCACUUUGGGAGGUAGAGGUGGCCAGAUCAUUUGAGGUCAAGUGUUCGAGACCAGCCUGGCCAACAUGGCAAAAGCCUCGUGUCUGCUAAAAAUACAAAAGUUAGCAGGGCGUGGUGGCAAGUGCCUGUAAUUCCAGCUACUGAGAUUAGAGGCUGAGACAGGAGAAUUACUUGAACCUGGGAGGCAGAGGUUGCAGUGAGCCAAGAUCACGACACUGCACUCCAGCCUGGGCAACAGAGCAAGACUCCAUCUCUAAAAAAAAAAAAAAAAAAGAAAAAUUGUUCUAUGCCUUCCAGCCCCCAUGGUUUUUUCUCAGAAAUCCAGAGGCAUUCUAACUAUUGUUUCCCAACAGGUAAUGCUUUAGUUUUCCCCAGCUGCUUUUUAAGAUUUUCUCCUUGUCUUUGGUUCUCAUCAGUUUGAGUAUGAUGUAUAUGGACAUGGAUUUCUUUGGGUUAUCCUUAUCAGAGUUCACAGAGCCACCUGAUUGUGUUUCAGAAAUCUGGGAAGUUCUCAGCUAUGAUUUCUUCAAAUAUUGUUUUCUGCACCAUACUGUCCUUUACUUCUGUGUCACUGAUAAUAUGAACAUUAGACCUUCUGACAUUGUCCAUGAAUUCCUGAGACUAUUCAUUUUAAAAAAAUUUUUUUCUCUAGGUGGGUGUGGUGGCAUGCACCUGUAGUCUCAGCUGUUUUUGGGGCUGAAGUGAGAGAGCACUUGAGCCCAGGAGGUCAAGGCUGCAGUGAGCCAAUAUUGCGCCACUGCACUCCAGCCUGGGUGACAAAGUGAGACCCUGUUUCAAAAAAAAAUUUUUUUUUCCUCUCUGCUGCUCAUUUUGGAUAAUGAGCAGUUUACUCUUGGUGCUGUAACAAAUUAUCACAAACUUGGUGGCUUAGUGGCUUAAAACAACAUCCAUAUAUUUUCUCACAAUUUCUGUAGGUCAGAAGUUUGACUGGACUUGACUAGUCCUCUGCUUAAAGUCUCACAAGGUCAAAAUCACGUUUCAUAAGGCCAAAACCAAAUGUGUUUUUCCCUGGAGGCUCUGAGGAAUUAUUUGCUUCCGUGUUCACUUGGGUUCUUGGCUGAAUUUAGUUCAUUGCAGUUGUAGGGUAGAGGACCCUGUUUUCUUAGCUGUCAGCUGGGGGCUGGCCUUUUCUCUGUAGAAGCUGCCCACAUUCUGGUGCUUUCUAUGUGUCCCCCUCCGGAAAUGGGUUGAAUUUUUCUCACACUUUAAAUACCUCUAACUUUUCCUUCUGUUACAUCUAAGUCCAGCCAAAGAGAAUCACUCUGCUUUAAAAGACUCAUGUGAUGAGAAUGAGCCCACUAAAAUAAAAAUAAAAUCAGUUACAUCUGCAUAA